AUGAUUGAUAUCAGAAGAAUUGGGAAACAAAUAUCUACUGGCCUUUCCAAAGCUCAAAUCAAUACUUUCCUCAAACUGGAUUGGUUGGACAGUCAAAAACCAUCAUUCAAAUCAGCAUGCCAGCUCCUUGACUGGAUGGACACCCUGCCAUCAGGGCCAGGGUGGCAAGUAAUGCAACUCAAGGUUGAUGGCUAUGACACAGGGAAGAAGAUUGAUCUUGUUUAUUGCAAUGGACUAGAGGUUGUAGAGAGCCUUUUUGGAAACCCAAUUUUUGCCCAGAAUAUGACUUUUGACCCACUUUGCAUACAGAGAAAUGUAGAGGAGGAAUAUGGGGAAUGGUUCACAGCACAGGAGGAUACUCUCCCUGAGGGCAUGACCCUUGUUCCUGUCAUUGCUGCUUCAGACAAGACACCCAUUACAAGGUACACAGGUGGGCUUGAGAUGCAUCCACUUUUCCUCAUGAUUGCCAAUAUUGAUGCUGACAUCCAUAUGAAGGCUACAGCACAUGCCUGGCAAUGUGUGGCUUUUGUGCCAGUUGUCAAAUUUGAGGUUCAUCCAGAUUACUGGACAAUUUUUUGGUCCUGGCUCUGGCACAAAUGUGUCAACAUUGUCACAGAGAAGCUGAAGUGUGCCACAAAUUGCAGAGAGUUCAUGGCUGAUCUGUUUGACCUGCCAGAGCAACAGCUGAUUGCCACUGUAAGUAGAAAUGCAUCCCCAGUCACUCUGACAACUCUUGACAAAUUUGGAGACUCAACUUCCUACACACUUGACCUCAUCCAUACUGUUAGUUGUCAAAAGAAACCUUGGGACCUUGAUGCCUUCCAAAAGUUGGUGAAGGCUAAUCAUCUCCUUGGGGUACAUCUUCCAUUUUGGUGGGAUUGGAAAAAUAGCAAUGUUUGCUGUUUCCUCAUCCCCAAAAUUCUCCACAUGGUCCACAAGCUCUUCUUCAAUCAUGUGUUAAAGUGGUGCAAGGAGGUGGUUGGGAGUGAUGAACUUGACACCCACUACAAAGUCCACCACAAACAUGUCAGGGUGCACCACUUUGCUGCUGGUGUAUCACAUAACCUGGAGGGCAGAGAAACCUAA